GUCUACCAAUGUACAAACAAGUAGCAGCAAGCAGGACGUCAAGUGGUUUAGCACCGAGCACUUCUUCGCUGCGCCCAUGCCAGACUCGGAGGACAACGAGAAGUUCAACCGCGCAAGCAUGAGCUCGAUCCAGACUACGGCCGACAUGAAGCGAGAGCUGAAGAGCAAGCCCUUCUUGGAGGAGCGACUGUCUCAUGGACGCGACAGUUUACACCCUGAGUCGCACAAGAUGUGUCCUCACUACGUGGUCUUCCUGGAGAAGCGACAGAGCCUCGGGGCAUCGAGCGCGGGGCUCUCGAUGCGGAGCGACAUGGAACAGGUGGUCCCUCGGCCCGGGCCAGACAACCUCUUCGACGCCCUGGCGGUGCUGGCGAUAGAAGUGAAGCUGAGGAACAAGGGGAAGCUCGGGAUGCUCGACCUCAACCACCCGAGUCUCAACCUGAUGUCAUUUGUUCCCGCUGAGCUAGCAUGAAUGGACUGAUUGAC